GAAGCAGCUGGGCAGAGUUUGGGGAGUUGUUGGACAGCCAUUGCAGUGUCGUGGCUUAGUAAGAAAAUACGAAAAAGGAGAGGACGACCUGGCAUUUCAGGAUCUCUUUUUUGACCGGUAAACCAAGUUACAUGACUAUAAGCGCGAAUACACUCUGUAAAUUAAUCUGCGCCUAAUAACGGGAUUCAACAGCUCCGGAUAUGUCAUUCAUAUUUGAUUGGGUUUACAGCAGUUUCAAUAGCGUACUACAGUUUUUAGGACUGUACAAGAAAUCCGGCAAGUUAGUAUUUCUUGGCCUGGACAAUGCUGGCAAAACAACGCUACUGCACAUGCUCAAAGAUGACAGAUUGGGACAGCAUGUGCCAACCUUACAUCCAACCUCAGAAGAGUUGACAAUUGCUGGCAUGACCUUCACCACCUUCGACCUUGGAGGUCACGCACAAGCUCGCAGAGUGUGGAAAAACUACCUCCCUGCCAUUAAUGGCAUCGUCUUCCUCGUGGAUUGUGCGGACUUGACCAGAUUGGCCGAAUCAAAAGCCGAACUUGAUGCAUUAAUGACAGACGAGACUAUCGGAAACGUGCCUAUCCUGAUCCUGGGUAACAAGAUUGACAGACCAGAAGCCAUCAGUGAAGAGAAGCUGAGGGAAUUGUUUGGAUUGUAUGGACAGACGACCGGCAAGGGCCACAUUCCUAUGAAGGAGCUGAACACGAGACCAUUGGAGGUGUUUAUGUGCAGCGUGUUGAAGAGGCAGGGCUACGGCGAGGGCUUCCGCUGGCUCUCCCAGUACAUCGACUAAGACAGCGGAGCCCCGUAACACACCGACAACACCAUCACCAUCAGGAGGGCGCUGAUCCCAGCCAUUUGAGAAGCCCACCGUUGUCACCAGAGCAUCAUUCUCAGCCCCAUGUUUGGUUAAACAAGUCUGCCUCCAUCUUCAGCAAAACCAGUACAACUUGAUCCCAAUAGACUUUUAUUGGUUGAACAUUUGGUUCUGCACUUACAGCAUUCAUACCUGUAUGUGCAUGCGCAUGUUUGUUUCCAUCUCUCUCUCUUUUUCUAAGAGUAACCAUUGGUUCCUCGGUAAAGAGUGUUCAAAUUCAAACAGAUGAAUCUUUUCUAUAUCGUGUCUGUCAGUACCUGCCCUCCCUCCCUGCCAUUUGUUCAUUGUGAUGAUAGAUGCAUUAUAACUGUAAAUCUGUAUAUGAUUCCAUUGGUAUAUCAUACAUCGCUGGCGCCUCUCCCCACUCUUUGGUUCAUUUUGAGCUUCGGGAGAGAAAGCAACAUGCAUUGCAGUACACUUUUUUAACAGUACAGACAUUCAUGCAACACUGUAAUUAAUCACCACAUCUUGGCUUGUCCCAUUUCUUUUUUUCUACAUGAUUUAAAUAAAUAAAAAGUGUGGCCACAUAUAUACAGCCCUCGCAAUAGACAUGAGGCUGGAGCAGUGCAUUUAUCUUAGUGUAUCAGAAAUUAGAUCUUCUUCUUUAGGUUACUUGGAAUUUAAAAUACUUGGGUUCCAGACUUAAACCUUAUGGGCACAGUAGCAUUGAAUGGAUACUAGUAAACAGUGGGCUCCCUAUUUUUGAUGAGAAGCACAGGGUGGUAGUAUAACAACUGGAGGAGCUUUUUAGUAGAAAAUAAUACUGGCAGCAACCCCUGCAAGGUCUGAUGAUAUCAUGUAGAUAGCACAAUGGUCAGUUAAUGGAAAGAAAAGUAUUUAAAUAAAUGACACUUUGGAAUAAAUAGCUUGAUAAUGUGCAGUAAGAUGAAGGGAGGAAUAAACAGGUGGUUGUUACAUGUAGUAGCUGUCAAUAUUCAACAGUGCACCCUACGGAUGUAUUUUGCAGCGCAGAGCCUAUUCACAGGGUGGAUCUAGUGAGUGGGCCUAGAGAAGAGAGGACAUAAUCCCAUAAUGGGACCAGGUAGCCAGGCCUAAGACAUCUGUAAGAAGGGACCAUAUAUAUAUAUAUAUGAAAUGUACAUGGACAUCGUACAUGGAUUUUGUAUUUAUAAGUGGCAUCCUUUGAUCUGUGUGCAUUACCAGAAACUAUUAUGCAUGCCUUGUUCUUUUGAGUUUUAAUGACCAUUAUUCCAGCGUGUACAUUGGGAGAGAAGAAGAUGCCAAAAAUUUACGAGCACCAAUUGUUUUUUUUUUAAAUGGAAGCAAUGGAAUUGUGUAUAAUACACACUUUUUCUGUCCCUGUC